AUGUCUGCAGGACCGGUAUGCGACAUGCCCGACUGGCAGCUCCUGGACUCUCUCGAUGGCGCGCCAUUCGGCCUCGAGUCGAGCGUCAUCAACAACGAAUUGCACCAGCGGCAGUUCAGCGACAACCUGGGCCUUUUCGGUCUGUUGCCGUCGCAGAUUUACAGCCCAGAUGGUUUCAUGCAGCAUGAAUUGAACCAUGAGUUGCAGGAAAAGUCGCCGGAUUUUUUCUUCCACCCGUUGCAGACCGACAUGGGGAUUCGCGAUGGUCGCAGCCAACAGUCGCACAGUUUCCAAGGCCACUUUUCUCCUGGUGGAAUCCCGGAAGAACAAAACCACUUCUCGCCCUCCCUGGACGAUUUGCUGCGGUCCACCUCCCAGCUCGCAACAGAACGCGCUCUAUACAUGAACGCCCCGAUGACCAGCACCCCUCUCGAUGGCGCAUUCCCGCAAACGCCCUUCACGCCCAACUUUCCUCCGCUUCUCGAUCCCUGCAGCUCGCCGGCAACCAGUCAAUCCAACAAUGGGAGCGAGGAUGAUCAGGAUCUGGAAAUCGCAAACUUCAAUUUCUACAGUCUUCCAGACGGAUUCCCGCGCUCUACACCCAGACAGCCACUGGCAUCAGACAAUACCGAGGACUGCCUGACGCCAUUGGAGAUGCCAGACGGUACCACCCGUCUCACGUCGAACUGGCUCCCGGUCGAUCCAGAGGGUGGCUUCACUAUCGGGGGGCCAUAUGAUGACAACCCACUCGACAUGGACCCGCUCGCUUACGGCAAAAAUGCCUUCAUUUCCGCGGACAUUUCCGUGUCGAAUUUCGCCGUGUGA